AUGUCAAAUUUGUACGGUCAUAGAGAAGAACAGAAUAAUCAGAGGUUCGAUCAGCUUGCUCAAACUUUGCAUCAAUUUAGAACUACAGUUGAUAAUGACAUACACGGAGGAAUUCAGCAAGAAAUGCUGACCUUAGAUCUCUUGAAUGAUAACUUUGCUCAGCUAUGGACUAAAGUCAAGAGAUCAAGUGGUGACUUGCGCACUGUGAUGAGCAGAAAUGCCAGCUUGACUAAAAUCGUUUUCUUAAUAUUGGUUUUUUUCUUCGUCAUAUGGACUAUUACAAAGUUAAGAUCAUGA